CUUUUAAUGUUGGUAAAUUUCCUGUGAGAUAUUUAUGCAUAAAUACUCAGAAUUCAUCGAUACCUAACGUUAAUCGAAACUUCAGAGCAACGUCUUUUAAACCGUCGCGUAUUUAGAAUAUUGUGUUUUGUUUGCUACACUUUAAAUGGCGCGAAGAUGUCUUGGCCCUGCAAAUUGGCGGUUGCCGUGCAACAUUUUAGCGCCAGCCUGCCUGCCCCUGUCGUCACAGCCAGCAACAGCAGUUGCAGCAGCGAUUGCUCUUGUAAUUGCAAAUGCUGCAGCGGUCUCAUCCAAAAGUACGUAAGCUUCGAUGAGGAGGCAACGUCAUCCGGCGGACUUGUGCAAAAGAUGGUGCGUUUUAGCACCACGGACAUGAUGCGUCUGCUGCGCGUAGCUCAGUCCUGUGAGAAUUUCUGGAGUAAUAAAUACCACAAAGUGGAUUUGCUAUCAGAUUACAAAGCUUUGGGCGCUGCCUUCGAAGCGCAGCCGAGCGCCACGAACAUUGCCCAGUUAGAGCAGAUUAUGGACACCAUAACAUCAGGCUAUCGUCGAGCCGUUGCCAAGCUCAAUGACAGCGAGUCUUGUACUGCACUAAGGUCAACGGCAGCUGCUCCUAUUAUUCCAGGCUUGCGCUGCGGCUGCGAAGACUGCGCGCAGAUGCCGUGGCGCAGACUGCAGCAGCUGGAAGCACAUCAAUGGCAGCACAAGCCCAGCGAUAAUUUGCAUUGUCGUUUAUGCUAUCGUCGUUUUUUUCUGCAGCACAAUCUGCUCUCGUAUAGGACCCGACGCACAAAACGGGACGUGGCGGGACCACUGUUGGAAAAUGAGACCUAUAAGCUAAUGCUGUCGGUGCAGCAGCAGCAAGAGCUGGCGGAGCAACUGGAACAGCUUCCUCUUGUUGAAGAACUGCACGUCCGCAUGCCCAGAGACAGCUACUCGAAUUAUGUUUUGGAAUCGAAAGUCCGCGUGCCACCGGCGCCUCGAAAGCGCUGCCCGCUCAGCGCCUGUCCACAAUGCAACCAUAGUUACCCGUACAGCUAUAGCCAUCAACUUCAUAGGCAGAAGCAACAUGCCAUCAGUCAGUGCAACCGACGUUGGCAUUGCACUAGUUGCACUCGCAACUUUCACACGCGUCGCAUUUACAUGCAGCAUCUGCAACGCGUGCGUAAUGCGUGUCGAUUGCGGCUUCGUAGAUUCAAAUGCUCCAGCUGCAAGGGGCGCUUCCAGCUGGAGCGUUCGCUACGCGCGCAUGUGGCUCUGGCCCAUAUGCGCAGCUUCAGUUGCCUCAUCUGCAAAUUGCCCUCGCAGAGUCGCUGCUGUGACAAGCACAGCCGGGAGGAGGCUCGGGAGGCGAAUCGUGCACGGAUGCAAAGACGUCGGCUGGAAUUGGGACUUCCGCCGCGCCCGGAGCCCAAGCCGCCGAUUAGAGCUGCUUGUAGCAUAUGCCAAAAGGAAUUCCUGAAUACCUUCCUGCUCAAUAUACACGUCAAGCGGAUUCAUCUCAAACAGAAGGACUUCAUCUGCGAGACAUGCGGCAAGGAGUUCUACUGCAAAAAGGAGGUCUACGAGCAUGUUAAGAAGGUGCAUUUGAAGAAUGAUUCUGUUUACUGCGAGCCCUGCGGCGUGACCAUCAAAGAGAAAAGCAACUAUAUGCGCCACUGCGACAGCUUACGGCACGUUGAGAUGCUGGCCAAGCUGCAGGGAGAUUUGCCCAACAAUUCGCCUGUCGAGAAGCAUGUGCCCAGGGGACCGGUGCAUUACUGCGAGGCCUGCGAUCGUACAAUCAAGGGCCAUGCGGCAUUCAGGCAUCAUUGUGAAACCAAAUUCCAUAAACGAAAUUCGACACAGAAUAAAGAAAAAGUUGAUAAUGUAGAUGAGACGUAGGCUUAGUCUGAACUAAACUGUUACAUUACUUUUUAAGCAGAUAUAUAUAAAUGUUUUCAGUAAUUAUUAUGAUUGUCUGUUAUAAACAAAUGGAAGCGUUCGAUUAAGAUU